GCCAUUCUUCUAAGUCAUCUUUAAAAAAUAAGCAAAUAGCUGAAUCUUCUAUAUUUAGACAAAAAACCACUUUAGUGAAAGCAAAACAAAGUAGUUUACAAGAACAAAACAUUGAUCAAAUGCAAGAAAUUGAUCAAAUACAAGAAAUUGAUCAAAUAAAUAAAGUUGACCAAAUUCUGGCAACAUUUAAUAAUAUGAAGGAUGUCUUAGAAGUGUGUAAUUAG